GGCUUGUAUCAAGUCGUAAUCACCGCAGUUUUCCAGUAGCAGUUGUUGCUUCUAAUUCGAUUUUUCUAUUUCCGAUUGCUGCACGACUUGCGGUGUUUGGAUUCUCAUAAGAUUUUUGUUUACGUUCUUAUCAGUACAAAUACAGCAGCCUACUGGGUUGAGUAGUUCGCGUGUCCGUUAACACCUAAUUUUCAAGUUCUAGUGCCUGGAUUCAAUCACCUGGAAGUAAAAUCUCGUCCCAAAAUGAUUUCCGCCAGGGCACUGCAUUACGUAUUCAAAAUCGGAAACCGUGCAAAGAAUGCACACUUUUUCCGCGAGAUACUGGGAAUGAAGGUCUUGCGACACGAGGAAUUUACACAAGGUUGCGAUGCAGCAUGCAAUGGACCGUACGAUAACCGAUGGAGUAAGACUAUGAUCGGAUAUGGGCCGGAAUCGAGCCACUUUGUCAUCGAGCUGACCUACAAUUACGGGGUUAAGGAGUACGAGUUGGGAAAUGAUUUUGGUGGAGUUACCAUCAAAUCGACAGAUGUUAUCAAGCGAGCUAAGGAAGCCAACUAUCCGCUCACGAAGGCAAACAAUGGUCAAAGUUUGCUUGUGUCCCCUGAUGGCUACAAGUUUUUCGUGAUCAAUGAGUCACAUGGUUCAGGGGAGGAUCCAGUUAAGAGCGUUAUUCUAAACAUCACAGAUCUAGAGCGUUCGGUGAACUAUUGGCAUAACACAUUGCAAAUGAAACAAAUUUCGAAAAACGAUCGGUUGGCGGAAUUGACUUACAAAGAGAACGGCUUCGUGCUGAUUCUACAGAAGCUUGAAGGAGCUCUGAAUCGGGCCAAAGCGUACGGCAGAAUUGCUUUUGCUGUACCGUUUGAUAUGCAGCCGAAAAUAGAUGAAACCAUCAAGAAAACGGGAGACACCAUUUUGACCCCCUUGAUUUCACUGGACACUCCCGGCAAGGCCACGGUUAGGGUUAUCAUUCUCGCUGAUCCAGACGGUCACGAGAUUUGCUUUGUGGACGAAGAAGGCUUCACUCAAUUAUCCCAGGUGGACCCGGUCAGCGACGGUGAGCUUGAUAAAUACAUUCAAAAAGACCCAUUCCAAGACAAAUGAUAAAUUGUUUUAUUGUUAAAUACAAUACACUAAUUUUA